UUUUUCCCAAUAUGAAUAUACAUUUCUCUUCCUCUCCCAAUCCCUUCAAAAUCAAUUAUUAAUUUCAUUCAUUAUUUCUUUAUUGUUUUAUUUUAUUUUAAUUAAGGCUCCAAAUUUCUAUAAAUUUGAAAAUUCUCAAAUCUAGAAAGCUGGAAGAUCUGGAGUCAUUACCGCCUUCCUCCGGGAACGGAAAGAUCCGGUACAGAACACCGUCCUCUGCGGAUUUGCAGGAGGCCUUUAAGAACGGCGCCCCGACAUCCCCGACCAGAAGCGGCACCGCCGAUCACCUUGAAAAGAUGAAGCGUCCGAUGGCCAGACACGACUCCGUCUCCGAUAAGAUCCACAGAUAUCGUGGCGUUUUGUUGGUGAUCUCCAUACCUAUCUUGCUCGUGUUGUUCGUGUUGUACGUUAUGCCCGGGAAAUCUACGGGGGAUUUGACCGUGCUGGAGGAGAUCGAGCUGAAUAGCAGGAAAAUUGGGGCGAGUUCCAGACGAAAUAGGAAUUAUGCGGUUAUUUUUGAUGCGGGAAGUUCCGGGAGUCGGGUUCAUGUUUAUUGUUUUGAUCAUAAUUUGGAUCUUGUUCCAAUUGGAUCUGAAUUAGAGCUUUUUGAACAGCUAAAACCUGGCUUGAGCUAUUAUGCGAAAGAUCCACAGGCUGCAGCAAAUUCAUUACUUUCUCUUCUUGACAAGGCAGAAAGUGUUGUGCCUCUGGAGUUGCGAUCAAAAACUCCUGUCAGAGUUGGGGCAACUGCAGGCCUGAGGGCAUUAGAAGGCGAUGCAGCUGACAGAAUUUUGCAAGCGGUUAGGGAUCUUCUGAAAGAUAGAAGCACUCUAAAGUCCAUGGCAAAUGGUGUUAAAAUUCUGGAUGGCUCUCAAGAAGGUUCUUAUGAGUGGGUGACAAUAAAUUACCUAUUAGGUAAGUUGGGAGGGACGUACAAAGACACAGUUGGCAUCAUUGAUCUUGGUGGUGGAUCUGUGCAAAUGGCUUAUGCCAUCUCCCGGGAUGCUGCUUCAAAGGCUCCAAGUGUACCAGCUGGAGAGGACAAUUAUGUAAAUGAAAUGUAUCUGAAGGGAUCAAAAUAUUACCUUUACGUGCACAGUUAUUUGCGCUACGGCCUAUUGGCAGCUCGAGCAGAAAUUCUGAAGGCAUCUGAUGAUUCUGGCAACCCUUGCAUCUUGGAGGGUUUUGAUGGUAAUUAUGCAUAUGGAGGCAACGAAUAUAAAGCAUCAGCUCCUUCAUCUGGCACAAGCAUGGAAGAAUGCAGGAGGGUGACUCUCAAGGCUCUUAAAAUAAAUGAUACAUGUACACAUAUGAAGUGCACAUUCGGUGGUGUAUGGAAUGGUGGAGGCGGAGAUGGACAGAAAAAUCUGUUUAUUGCUUCGUUUUUCUUUGACAGGGCUGCUGAGGCCGGUUUUAUUAAAGCUUCUGAUCCAGUUGCAAAAGUCAACCCUCAUUCAUUUGCAGAAGCUGCUAAACGUGCUUGUGGAACCAAGUACGCAGACGCUAAAGCGACAUUCCCUGAUGUAGGUGAGGGUAACUUGGCGUACUUUUGCAUGGAUCUAGUUUAUCAGUACACCCUGCUCAUUGACGGAUUAGGCCUUGAUCCCUACCAAGAUAUCACACUGGUAAAGAAAGUCCAAUACCGCGAUUCAUUUGUGGAAGCGGCUUGGCCACUAGGCAGUGCCAUCGAGGCAGUAUCGUCUUGAAGUUAAAUUUCAGGUAAUGCGGCUUUAAUCACUCACCGGAAAUCGGAUUUUGGAGGGAAUAAUGGAAGAGAAUGAAUCAUAUGUAAUUGCAUUAUUACUAGGUUUAAUGAAAUUUGAUUAAAUUUUAUUUUGUCCUACAGAACUGAACAAACAGAUUAUACAAUACCAAUGUGAUUGUAUCUCUAAUACUUUUGUCAGUGAAAA